UCAGACUUGUAUCAACGAAUGUAUUUUGUUGCUUCCGCUCUGUUCGGUCAGGUUACUUUUUCUAGCACUGAGCGCGUGGCAUGUAUAGAUAUUGCAUUGCUGCUCUUGGGUAGAUAAUCAGUCUCUUGAAGGUAUGCACUCAUUUUAAACGAACACUUCCCGUUUUCCUGUUAUACUUGCUCCUCGUUUGUAGUAAAUUAACUUUACUCGUGUAACUGCUUGUUUUUAGGCUGUAGGCCUCGUAAUGCCUCGGUCUGUAGUCGCUUUGUGAAUCGCUCAAGAUCCAGGACAUUGGAAUUGUGAGCUCUGAAGAGCACGAGAGACCAUACACUGUUGACUAAAAGCAUAGAGUCUAUGACUUCACUGUGGGGUAGGCUGGAGACAUGCACUCACCAUCAAGGAAGGACUUUGUGUCUUUAACCUUCACUGGAAGUGGCAACUAUAACAGCAAACAGUGGAGAAGACAGUCCUGCUGGAGGAAAUGGAAACAGUUAUCCAGAUUGCAGCGCAACCUCAUCCUCUUCACCGUGGCUCUCAUGUUAGUUUGUGGGAUUGCCACUUACCCCGCUGUCACAGAACACUUCAGAGGCCUUACUGUUGUUGUGAAGGAGGAUGAGGGCCAUGUUCUGAAACCGGUCAUCCCUGAGGUCCUACCUGAGCCACCUUCAGCGAAGCCGAAGAGGGCACCCCACAAGCGGGGGCCACACGGCCCGCAGAACCGUCUGCAAAAGAAAGGCACCGGGUCAGAUAUCCAGGUGGAGGAGAAUCCGAUUCAAGAUGCAAAGAAAGCUGACAAGGAAGAGGGAGAGAAGCCACUUGUUAAUAGGCGUGGGGCCUUGAUUGAGGCUGACCAAGCCACUGAAGGAGGAACUGCCAAGGAAGCAGAGAACAAGGUGGAUGUCCCAGCGGUUGAGCAAAAGGACCAUUCACACGAGCCAGAAUUUGAUAGGCUUGAGGCAGUACGAGAUGCUUUCAGACAUGCAUGGAAGGGAUACAAAGAGUUUGCCUGGGGCCAAGAUGAGCUGAGGCCCAUCUCUAAGUCCUAUGGAGAGUGGUUUGGCCUGGGCUUGACCCUGAUUGAUGCACUGGACACCAUGUGGAUCCUCAACCUCAGAGAAGAGUUUGAGGAGGCAAAGACCUGGGUGUCAACGGAGCUCUCCUUCAAUAAGAACGUUGAUGUGAACCUGUUUGAGAGCACCAUCCGUAUCCUGGGUGGCUUGCUGAGCACUUACCAUCUGACUGGAGACACUCUGUUCCUGGACAAGGCUAAAGAUAUAGGAACGAGGUUAAUGCCUGCCUUCAACACACCGUCCAAGAUCCCCUACUCAGAUGUGAACAUUGGAAAGGGUACGGCCCACCCCCCUCGAUGGACGUCGGACAGCACUGUUGCUGAGGUCACCAGCAUCCAGCUAGAGUUUAGGGAGCUGAGUCGCCUCACUCAGGACACACGCUACCGGGCUGCAGUGGAUGAGGUCAUGCAAAAAGUCCACAAGCUGGAAGGGAAGCAGGACGGCCUCGUCCCCAUGUUCAUCAACACCAACAGCGGCCAGUUCACCCAUCUGGGGGUCUUCACCCUGGGCGCACGAGCAGACAGCUACUACGAAUACCUUCUUAAACAGUGGAUACAGGGAGGCCAGAAGGAGACAGAAUUGCUGGAUGAUUACCUGCAGGCCCUGGAGGGAGUGAAGAAGAACCUGCUUAAGAAGUCUUCUCCUAACAGCCUGACCUUCGUAGGGGAGCUGUCCCAUGGUCAGUUCAGCCCCAAAAUGGACCACCUGGUGUGUUUCCUCCCUGGGACCCUGGCUCUAGGAGCCCACCACGGCCUGCCAGCCGACCACAUGGAGCUGGCCAAGCAGCUGAUGGAGACCUGCUACCAGAUGUAUGCCCAGAUGGAGACUGGCUUGAGCCCUGAGAUCGUCCACUUCAACAUGCACGAGGGAAGCAUCAGAGAUGUAGACGUCAAGCUUGCAGACAGACACAACCUCCUUCGCCCUGAGACGGUGGAGAGCUUGUUUUAUCUGUACAGGUUCACUAAGGACAGGAAGUACAGAGACUGGGGCUGGGAGAUCCUCCAGAACUUCAACAAGUACACCAAGGUUUCUACUGGUGGCUACACAUCCAUCAACAACGUCCGGGACCCAGAGUACCCCAGCCCCCGGGACAAGAUGGAGAGUUUCUUCCUGGGGGAGACUCUCAAGUACUUCUACCUGCUGUUCUCAGAUGACCCGGAGCUGCUCAGUCUGGACAAGUAUGUGUUCAACACAGAGGCCCAUCCCCUGCCCAUCUGGCCUUCUGCGGAGUGAGCGAUACACCAGCCAAGUCAACGGGAUACAUACACUACCGUUCAAAAGUUUGGGGUCACUUAGAAAUGUCCUUGUUUUUUUAAGAAAAAGCUUUUUUUUUGUCCAUUAAAUUAACAUCAA